GGAAGUGGCGGCGCUGGAGCGGCAGCAGUUGCUGUUGGGCAGAGGGAGCGGAGACAUGAGGCGGGAGCAGCGCCGGAGGCUGACAGCUCUGUGCCUGCUGCUGCUCGUGGCCUUUCUGAUACUCAGGCCUCGUCUCCAGGAUUCCUUCUCAUUCAGGAUGUGGAGCCGUCAUAAGGGUCUGCAGGCAGAGAAUGGACAAUUCUUACUGGAGGGCGAGCCGCUGAGGAUCCUGGGAGGUUCUAUGCACUAUUUCCGAAUUCCCAAAGAAUACUGGAGGGAUCGAAUGAUGAAGAUGAAGGCUUGUGGGCUGAACACACUCACCACAUACGUACCAUGGAAUUUACACGAGCCGCAAAGGGGCAAGUUUGACUUCUCUGAAAAUCUGGACCUCGGGACGUAUUUGGACAUAGCCGCCGAAGUGGGAUUAUGGGUGAUUUUACGCCCGGGACCCUACAUAUGUGCAGAGUGGGAUCUCGGGGGGCUGCCGAGCUGGUUACUACGGGACAAGGACAUGCAGCUGCGAACAACCUACAAAGGCUUCGCCGAGGCGACCAAUGCUUACUUUGACCAACUUGUCCCCAAAGUGGUCAGACAUCAGUAUACCAGAGGUGGCGCAAUCAUCGCAGUGCAAGUGGAGAAUGAGUACGGGUCCUAUGCCAAGGAUGCCAACUACAUGGAAUUCAUAAAGACAGCUCUUCUACGUUGUGGGAUUGUGGAAAUGUUACUGACAUCUGAUAAUAAAGAUGGGAUCAGCUCAGGCAGUAUGGAAGGAGUGCUGGCCACCAUUAAUUUUCAGAAGAUUGAGCCCAUCCUCUUCACGUAUUUAGAAUCCAUUCAGGGUAACAAGCCGGUGAUGGUGAUGGAAUAUUGGACCGGAUGGUUUGACCACUGGGGAGGGGAUCAUCAUGUAUUUGAUGUUGACCAGAUGGUUUCCACUGUGUCCGAUGUGCUGACUAAAGGAGCAUCUAUUAAUCUCUACAUGUUUCAUGGAGGCACCAACUUCGGUUUCAUGAACGGAGCUCUCCACUUCCAUGAAUACCGCUCAGAUGUCACCAGUUACGAUUAUGACGCCCCACUGACUGAGGCCGGCGAUUACACCUCCAAAUAUUUCAAACUCCGCGAGUUGUUCAGCAAACAUUAUACUGAUCCUCUUCCCCCCGCACCCGUUCUGUUCACAAAGACUGGAUAUGGAGCCGUGUCACUGAAACGUUGUGUGUCCUUGUGGGAUGCUUUACAGCUGACGGGAGAGCCGUUCAGAUCUGAGCUUCCGGUGAAUAUGGAGAACUUGCCUGUGAAUGAUGGAAACGGGCAGUCCUAUGGCUACACUCUGUAUGAGACUGUUAUAUAUGGUGGAGGAAAGUUCCAUACUAAAGGAAAUGUCCGUGACCGCGCACAGGUUUUCGUCAGUGGUCAGUCUGUCGGUUUUGUGGAUUAUAAAAACCAAGAGCUGGACAUUGCCGAAGUUCCGGGUUACAGAAAGCUGCGAAUAUUAGUAGAAAACUGCGGACGAGUUAACUAUGGAGCCAGAAUAAAUGAUCAGCGUAAAGGUCUGGUUGGCGAAGUUUUCUUGAGAGAUAUUCCCCUGAGGAAUUAUAGGAUCUACAGCUUGGAUAUGAAUGCAACCUUCAUGAGCAGCCUCAACAAAAUCCAGUGGUCAGAUGUAAGCGAGGAGAAUAAGGGUCCGGUAUUCUGCCAGGGAUCUCUACAGGUCAACUAUUCUCCAGCUGACACCUACUUGUCCAUGAAGGGCUGGAAGAAAGGAGUCGUAUUUGUGAAUGGAAAGAACCUGGGCCGAUACUGGGAUAUAGGACCCCAAGAGACCCUUUAUGUGCCAGGAUCCUGGUUAUGGAUAGGAAUCAAUACAAUUACAAUAUUUGAAGAACAAAAAGUUGGCAGUGCGUUAUAUUCUGUGGAUUCGCCUUACCUUGGAAGGACCCAGUAUGUGGACUAGCUGGACAUGUCUGGACUGUCAAACCAGGCAGCAGUCUGUCCGUUCAGCCAACCUCCGUCCUACGUGUGGACCUUCCACCCAGCCUCCAGUCCAUACAUCCUCUCAUUUAGCACUCCAACUCCUGAGGUUCUAUGGCUUUGUUGGUGCCAGGCUGAUAAUGAAGCUAAAUAACACCCUACGGGACACUCUGUAACUGUUUCGGAUGAUGUAGACUUCCUGCCACUUAAAGGAAUCAAUACAAGUCCACGUCUGGAGUCAUCUCAACAGAAACUUGAGAGCAACUGAUGUCACCAGGUCUCUGGUGGUAAAACUAACGUCUUCCAAAUCUCUGGAUCUUUUACUGGAUAAAUGUAAUCCCCUCUCCUUUUUUUUUUUUUUUACAUGGAAUUUUAAACAUUUGUAAAACCAAAAAAAUGAAGAUCUCAGGGUCCAGUGGGGACAAUAUAUGAAGUAAUGAGGGCUGUAAUAAUGCAUUUUAUAUUUAAUUUGUAGAUAACAGGGACAUAUUUAAUGUUAAUAAUAAAACGGAGAU